CCAGAAUGUAGGCUACAAAUGCACUCACUGUAGUAGGCCUAUACCGGAUUCCUCAACUUCUUUCAAUUUCACAAGUUGAUAACCUAGUGUCCAUCCAGCAACAACAUGUUGGACCCGUCUUCCAGUGAAGAGGAAGCUGAUGAGAUUGUGGAAACAGAGCGCAAAGAGGUGAUGGCACCAAAUGCCGGGGGUGCUCGUGUGUCACCCAGCCGGACCACCGAAAGCUCAGGUGGACUCCAACCCGCAAGCCGUGGGGCCAGCGCCCGUCCCUCCAGUCCUAGUCCGUCGGUGGCAAGCGACAAGGAAAAAGAGGACCUGGAGAAGAUGCAGAGAGAGGAGGGGGAGAGGAAGAAGAGGCUCCAGCUCUAUGUCUUUGUGAUGCGCUGCAUUGCCUAUCCUUUCAAUGCAAAGCAACCAACCGACAUGGCCAGAAGGCAACAGAAGAUCAGUAAGCAGCAUCUCCAGACGGUGAAGGAACGCUUCCAGGCCUUCCUGAACGGAGAGACCCAGAUCGUGGCUGACGAGGCUUUCAUCAAUGCAGUCCAGAGCUACUAUGAGGUGUUCCUGAAGAGUGACCGCGUGUCUCGCAUGGUGCAGAGCGGGGGCUGCUCAGCCAGCGACUCCAGGGAGGUCUUCAAGAAGCACAUCGAGAAGCGCGUCCGCAGCCUGCCCGAGAUCGACGGCCUGAGCAAGGAGACGGUGCUGAGUUCCUGGAUGGCCAAGUUUGACACCAUCUACCGCGGAGACGAGGACCUGCGCAAGGCACAGCAGCGCAUGACGGCCAGCGCCGCCUCCGAGCUCAUCCUCAGCAAGGACCAGCUGUACGAGAUGUUCCAGAACAUUCUGGGCAUCAAGAAGUUUGAGCACCAGCUGCUCUACAACGCCUGUCAGCUAGACAACCCGGAUGAGCAAGCGGCCCAGAUCCGGAGAGAACUGGACGGCCGUCUGCAGAUGGCUGACCAGAUAGCCAGGGGCGGCAAGUUUCCCAAGUUUGUAUCCAGGGAGAUGGAGGCCAUGUACAUCGAGGAGCUGCGCUCCUCAGUCAACCUUCUGAUGGCCAACCUGGAGAGCAUGCCCGUGUCCAAGGGGGGAGACUUCAAACUGCAGAAGCUCAAGCGGGGCCACAACACCUCCAUCAUAGACAUGGGCCAGGAGGACGAGAACACGCUGUCCAAGUCUGACGUGGUGCUCUCCUUCACCCUGGAGGUGGUGAUCGUGGAGGUGCAGGGCCUCAAGUCUCUGGCUCCUAACAGGAUUGUCUACUGCACCAUGGAGGUGGAGGGGGGGCAGAAACUCCAGACAGACCAGGCUGAGGCCUCCAAGCCCACCUGGGGCACCCAGGGAGACUUCACCACCACACACCCUCUGCCUGCGGUGAAGGUGAAGCUGUUCACGGAGAGUACCGGAGUGUUGGCCCUGGAGGACAAGGAGCUUGGACGCGUGGUCCUACAUCCAACCCCCAACAGCCCCAAACAGUCCGAGCUGCAGAAGAUGACCGUGUCCAAAGGCUGUCCGGACAGUGAUCUCAGGAUCAAACUGGCCAUCCGCAUGGACAAGCCUCAGAACAUGAAGCAUUGUGGGUACCUGUGGGCAAUAGGGAAAAACGUGUGGAAGAGAUGGAAGAAGAGGUUUUUUGUGUUAGUUCAGGUGAGCCAGUACACCUUUGCCAUGUGCAGCUACAGAGAGAAGAAGGCGGAGCCUGUGGAGCUCCUUCAGCUGGACGGCUACACUGUGGACUACACCGACCCCCAGCCAGGUCUGGAUGGAGGGAGGACCUUCUUCAACGCCGUGAAGGAGGGGGACACUGUGAUCUUCGCCAGCGACGACGAGCAGGACCGUAUCCUGUGGGUGCAGGCCAUGUACCGGGCCACCGGCCAGUCCCACAAACCCAUCCCCCCCACCCAGGUCCAGAAGCUCAACUCCAGAGGUGGCACCACCCCCCAGCUGGAUGCCCCCAUCUCCCAGUUCUACGCCGACCGGGCACAGAAGCAUGGCAUGGAUGAGUUCAUCUCCGCUAACCCCUGUAGCUUUGACCACGCCUCCCUGUUUGAGAUGGUGCAGCGCCUCACCCUGGAUCACAGGCUCAAUGAUUCCUACUCCUGCCUGGGUUGGUUCAGUCCAGGCCAAGUGUUUGUCAUGGAUGAGUACUGUGCUCGUAAUGGGGUGCGGGGGUGUCACAGACACCUGUGUUACCUAGGCGACCUCCUGGAGAGGGCGGAGAACGGGGCCAUGAUCGACCCCACCCUGCUGCACUACAGCUUUGCCUUCUGCGCCUCUCAUGUCCAUGGCAACAGGUACGGAGGGCCUGAUGGGAUAGGCACUGUGACGGUGGAAGAGAAGCAGCGCUUCGAGGAGAUUAAAGAGCGUCUACGCGUCCUGCUGGAGAACCAGAUCACACACUUCAGGUACUGUUUCCCCUUUGGCAGACCAGAGGGAGCCCUGAAGGCCACCCUGUCCCUUCUUGAGAGGGUUCUGAUGAAGGACAUUGUCACCCCGGUCCCUCAAGAGGAUGUGAAGUCUGUCAUCCGUAAAUGUCUGGAGCAGGCUGCCCUGGUCAACUACCAGCGCCUGUCAGAGUACGCCAAAAUAGAAGCGGAGAAAACUCUGAAAGAUCUGAAGGAUCCAGAGAAUGUAGGGCGCUUAGUCACUCCCGCCAAAAAACUGGAGGACACCAUCCGCCUUGCAGAACUCGUCAUUGAGGUCCUGCAACAGAACGAGGAGCACCACGCAGAGGGAAAAGAGGCGUUCGCCUGGUGGUCGGACCUGAUGGUGGAGCACGCGGAGACCUUUCUGUCCCUGUACGCGGUGGACAUGGACGAUGCUCUGGAGGUCCAGCCCCCCGACAGCUGGGACAGCUUCCCUCUCUUCCAGCUCCUCAACGACUUCAUGAGGGUCGACUAUAACCUGUGUAACGGGAAGUUCCACAAACACCUGCAGGAUCUGUACGCUCCUCUGGUGGUUAGAUAUGUGGACCUGAUGGAGUCCUCCAUCGCUCAGUCUAUCCACAGGGGCUUUGAGAGAGAGUCCUGGGAGCCUGUCAAUAACGGCUCAGGAACAUCAGAGGACCUGUUCUGGAAGCUGGACGCCUUGCAGACCUUCAUCCGGGACCUCCACUGGCCGGAGGAGGAGUUUGGGAAGCACCUGGAGAGCAGGCUGAAGCUGAUGUCCAGCGACAUGAUUGAGUCCUGCAUUAAACGGACGAGGGUGGCCUUCGAGGCGAAGCUGCAGAGGAGCAGCCGGACCACUGACUUCCGCGUGCCUCAGUCCAUCUGCACCAUGUUCAACGUGAUGGUGGACGCCAAGGCCCAGUCUGCCAAACUGUGUGCCAUGGAGCUGGGCCAGGAGAGACAGUAUCACUCCCAAAUCGACAAUCUGAUUGAGGAAACAGUAAAGGAGAUGACGACACUGCUGGUAGCAAAGUUUGUGGUUAUCCUGGAGAGUGUCCUGGCCAAGCUCUCCAGGUACGACGAGGGCACGCUCUUCUCCUCCUUCCUCUCUUUCACAGUGAAAGCUGCCUCAAAAUAUGUGGACGUACCAAAGCCAGGGAUGGACAUUGCAGACGGCUAUGUGACAUUCAUGCGCCACUCUCAGGACAUGCUACGUGAUAAGGUCAAUGAGGAGGUGUACAUAGAAAGGUUAUUUGAUCAAUGGUACACCAGCACCAUGAACCUGCUGGGGACCUGGCUCACUGACCGCAUGGAUCUUCAGCUCCACGUCUACCAGCUCAAGAUCCUCAUCAGAGUAGUCAAGAAAAAGUACCGUGACUUCCGGCUACAGGGGGUGCCAGACUCCACUCUGAACAGCAAGAUGUACGACACGGUGAGGAGCAGGCUCACCCUGGAGGAGGCCACUGCGUCCGUGAGGGAGGGAGGCAUGCAGGGCAUCUCCAUGAAGGACAGCGAUGAGGAGGAUGACAACAACUAGACCAACAUCAAGGGAAUGGGGAUUCUCACAUCAGACACUGGGGGUCUGUGAAAACCUGAGAAACGAUGCAUGUCCCAACCGUCCAUUACAUCACUCUAAGUCCGUUAGCUGUCUCUGUCAGAGCUAAAACACCAGUACAGGAGGAAAUGGUUAAAAAAUAUAUAAAUAAAAAAAGAUUCUCCAUGCUGUUAGUCUUAAAAUUGUGGGAAAAAUAUAUCUAGAAUAAAGCGAUAUAAAUUGUUGGUAUUUAUAACUUCGAUAUUUCUGAAUGUUCUUAAGCAAUAUGGAGAACAGUUUUGUUUGCAUUGUCAAUGACCAUGAUUAUGAGUAAUGCUCGGUGUCCUCUGUAUGACGCUAACCUUUCUAGGUGCUUCUUUUAAUGUUUACUGUACAGUAAGAGAACAUCAUUGUGAGGAAAAGAGAAUUACUGUCUAUCCGUCAAAAGGUGAAUGUCUAUUGCCUAAUGGGAACAAACCACUGACAACAUAAUUGUAUCUAUGUUGAAAUACUGCCUAAUGUCCCUCUUCACUAGAAUAAUCAAGGUAGACAUUUUUUUCUUUUAUUUGAUUCAAUACUCCUAUUACAUUUUCCCUCACUGGCCAAACAUUUGACCAUAUUUUUUAAUAAGUUGUUAUUUGAGAUGCAAUAUAUUCCAGUAGAUUUAUUGUUAUACUUUAUCUUGUAUUUUAAUCCUUCUUUUCUUUUUUACAUCAAAUGUAAAAAAUGAUGUUCUUUUUUUGUUAUGUAGCACUUACAGCACAAUGUAUACCAACCACACAAAAAGUGAAAGAGACUUCUGUAUGUAACCUAUAGUUUGACUCAUAUCUAAUAUGUUUUCACCUUUUUGUAAUGGAUUGUGGAAAAAUGCUAUGUAGUUGUUGUUUGUAAAUACUCAAGCUGUACAUUGCCCUGUGUGCAAUUACUGCAUGUCCCAGGUACACACUGACUUCCUCUCCCAAAUGUUCUUCUCAGAAAUGUUGUUCUGUGUGUAGAGUUACCGGUGGACUCAUAUUGCUUCUGCCUU